UUCUUACACCAAAUUGGCUUUAUUUUAUCUUUAAUUUGCAUAGCUUUUAUCCUCCCCACUUAUCUGGCAUAAGUUUACAAAACAUGGACAUCCUUGAAAUGCUAGAUAUGGGAAACUUUCCUCCUUCAGAUGAUGAGGGAACAGACAAGAUAAAUGUUGACAAUGAUUUUGUUUCGACAUUGUUGCCAAAUGAUGAAGUUAAUGGAGAUUCUAUUGUACUUGAAGAUGCAAAUUCUUUACCUGCAGAACCAGAUCAGAAAGAUGAGCAUUUAGUUGUCAAUUCCACCUCUGAAACAACAGUGAGUCCGGUAAGAUACAUCACGAAAAGAACAUUGAAAUACCAAUGUCCCAUUUCGUCUUUGGAACCUUUACCCGAAGAUUGGAUGAUGGUUUCACAUAAAAGUGGUAUUCCUGUGUACCUUAAUAAGAAAACCAAAGUUGUAACGCUGUCCCGUCCUUACGUAGUCGCUGCUGGCAAUGUGAAGAAACACAAUAUUCCCAUCAGUAGUAUUCCAUGUCUUGAUUAUUUGAAAACUGUGGAUAGAUUCAACCAAGUAAAGACAUCCAAUGAAAGCACCUCAUCUGAAAUCAAAAUUGGUCAAAUUAAUGAAGAUCAGGCUUGCACUGAAAACAACACAGCUCAAAAUGCCAGUGCUGUCCCUGCACCAAAUAUUGAAGUUGGAAACACUGCUCCAGUUUUAAUUAAAACACCAACAACAGAACACAUAGAUGACACAGAAUUGGAAGAAUAUCUAAACAAGCGUUUUGUGUUUGAAACAACACAAAUCCCUCAUUUUGAGAAGUGGGCAGAUAAGAGGAAGUUUGUGAAAAAACAAAAAGAAGCAAUAGAGAAUGAAGGAGCUCCUAAAAAGUUGGGGCCAGCUAAGGUUAUAACACUAAGCAUACCAAGGGAUGGAGAUUCAGAUAAACCACACAAACUUACAUUUUCUACAAGCGUGAAGCCAAUGAUAUGCAUUCUACAUGAAUAUGCACAAAGUGUAUUGCGUACCAAACCACAUUAUAUAUUUGCAACUAAUGAGGAUGCAAGUGACCCAUUCCAAGCUACGAUCGUUCUGAAUGAAAAAAACUACGGAACUGCCUCAGGAAUUAAUAAGAAAAGUGCUAAAAACAAAGCAGCUCUACUUACAAUGGAAAUGCUAGUGCCUGGGUUUAAAGAACAAGUUGAGUCUUUAUCAAACGAUCAGUCCUUGGAAUAUUUUGAUGAAGUUUCCAUCACCGACCCACGAGUUCAUGAACUUUGUGUCCACGCUGGUAACUUUCUUCCACAUCAACUUCUUACUGAGUGUUUGAAACGGAAUCAAGGUAUAGCUGACACUGCUGUUCAGUUUGAUGUUCAAGUUGGCAAAUCGAAAAUGAUUGAAUACAAGAUGACUUGUGGCAAGCAUGUUGUUACAGGUACAGCAAAGAAUAAAAAGGUCGGAAAACAACUGGCCUCACAGCAGAUAUUGAAACUUCUGCAUCCAAAUAUGCAAACUUGGGGUGAAUUAAUCCACGCUUAUGGAACAUCAGUAGCAGAGAAACGGGCACGGAAGAAAAAUAUUGAACAAGAAAUAUUUGAACUCAAACAAAGACGGAAUUUAGAUUCUAGCCAGAAAUCUUCAAAUAAAGAUGAAGAAGCAGACGGCGAUUCUCAGGAAAAGAAAAACGCACUCGCACCAAAUCCCGAACUGCUCAAUAAACUUCGAGAUAUGAUGAUGGCACUGGAGCAAGAGUCGAGCUCAAAAAAACGGCCUGGAGAGCCAGAUACUGACCAACCAAGUAAAAAAAGAAACAAACUUCUAUUGAUUGAUGUCUAAUAGGAAACUUGCAAAAUACGCCAGCAAUGUUCGUAUGGAUGAAAUGUCAUUUUAGAUGCGUGCAUUAUUUUUGUAAUCGUGUCUGAGUGUUCCGUAUCGUUUAAACAAUCAAAUUGCAAUAAACAACUCAAAAUGCAACGUG